GGUAAGGGGGCUCCCGCGGCGCUGCCGGGGUCCGGCUCGGCCUCGGAGCAAAGCGGGAGGGCAGUGGAGCCAGACUUGGCCCCCCUCGCCAGGCUGCAAGGCGAGCCCUGCCUCGUGUCCCGGCCUGCUAGCAGGUGACCAUGAAACUCAUCAUUCUGGAAAACUAUGGACAGACCAGCGAGUGGGCUGCAAAGUUCAUUAGGAAUCGAAUCAUUCAGUUUAGCCCUGGUCCGGACAAAUACUUCACUCUUGGACUUCCCACAGGAAGCACCCCAUUAGGGUGCUACAAAAAGCUGAUUGAAUAUUACAAGAACGGAGACCUGUCCUUCAAGUAUGUGAAAACCUUUAAUAUGGAUGAAUAUGUAGGUCUUCCAAGGGAUCACCCAGAAAGUUAUCACUCCUUUAUGUGGAAUAACUUUUUCAAGCAUAUUGACAUCUCUCCAGAAAACACCCACAUCCUGGAUGGAAACGCAGCUGACCUACAAGCAGAGUGUGAUGCUUUUGAGGGAAAAAUUAAAGCAGCUGGAGGGAUCGAACUGUUUAUUGGAGGUAUUGGCCCAGAUGGCCAUAUUGCCUUCAAUGAGCCUGGCUCAAGUCUGGUAUCCAGGACCAGAGUGAAGACACUGGCUAUGGACACCAUAUUGGCUAAUGCAAGAUUUUUUGAUGGAGACCUCUCCAAAGUCCCCACAAUGGCUCUGACAGUUGGAGUAGGCACAGUCAUGGAUGCCAGAGAGGUUAUGAUUCUGAUCACGGGAGCCCAUAAAGCCUUUGCUCUCUACAAAGCCAUUGAGGAAGGGGUGAACCACAUGUGGACCGUCUCCGCCUUUCAGCAGCAUCCCAACACUGUCUUUGUGUGUGAUGAGGAUGCUACGCUAGAACUCAAAGUUAAAACAGUGAAAUACUUCAAAGGUUUAAUGCUUGUUCAUAACAAACUUGUGGAGCCCCUAUAUAGUAUGAAGGAGAUGGGAGUAGAAAGAAGCCAGUCUAAGAAGCCAUACAGUGAUUAGUUUCUUCUGAUCCAGGGCACACCAACAGGUUCUUCUCUGGGACACCAGCUGUGGGGCAGGAGGAGUUGCUACACACACUCUUAUAUUGGCUCUUAAAUUAACAAAAAAAAAGUGUACUUGCUUUUCUCCAUCUCCAGCCAGGCAGAUGGAUGCUGACUAUAUGGCAUUAAUUAAGCACAUGACUGGACCCUCUGCAUUGUGUACUGGCAACUUCCAAUACUAACUUAAUUCUCUAAUGAGAGAGUCAGUUGUGAACAAGGUAUUAAUCUAUAUAGCAACUAAAUCGGGCAUCUCUAGUAUCAAAUAUGAAGAUAUGUAAAAAGCUGAUUAUGUAAAAUAAGUCUAUGACUGCUGUUUUGUUUUUUUUUUAAUUCUCCCACAAUGCUUCUUCCUGACCCCAGUGAAUUUGUACUGGCCCCUGCUGGAGGCUGCCAGUAAGUAACCUUCCUCAAAACUUGCACCUUUUAGUUUGUACUGAUAAGUCCUACUCCUGGGAGGGACUGGACACUUUUUGGGUUUCCUUUUUCCUCAGUAAAGCAAAAACCUUGACAUUCUGGCUCUCAAAUUGUCUUGCUAAGUGCAGUAGCUACUGAAUAGGUAAAUAAUAAUUUACUUGCAUCUGUAACAACUACUACUGUCUUGUUUAUGGGUAGUUUUAAACACACAAACACUAAAUCCCAACAUUAUAAUGUCCCAAGGGUUAUUUUGCUGUUUUAUGAUGGCUUAGAAAUGUUUAUAUUUAAAAAGGGAUUGGACAUUUUUUAAGGAAAGAGGUAGCAGUAGCUAUUGAGCAUGAGAGUUAAGGAUAUAGCCUCUGAAUUAGGACUUUCUAUACCUUUUAAAUGCUGGGAGUUGCAAGUGGAAAAGGAACAGUAGGAGGGACAAACCCGUCCUACCCAUUCACUCUUCCUUCCUGCAUCCAUUCUUUGCCACUGUGCACCACAGGAUACUGGGUAAGAUAGAACUGUGGUCUGAGCCAGUAAAUGGCAAUGCUUAUGUUCUUACAUGUAACGUAUGGUGGCGUCCUUCCUCUACGUUGUUUAAUACUCAGGUAUGGCAGUGUGGGGCCUGAGACUAGACAUUGCCUCUUCCCUUUCCUUACAUCAUGUUGGUGUAUCCUGUUGUCCUCACAUGGAAAACUGCAGCCAACAAAUCCAACUCAUGGUAGCCCCCUAACCACACUUGGUGAUAAGCAGACCUCAAUCAAGACUCGUGUUGUGGAUCGGAACCAGGAAUAAAGUUCUGUUACCUUUUUUGUAGCUUGUACAAGGGCUUGUGCCAAACCACUGUAGAGAAAAGUUGGUGGCAAGACUUUCCUUGAGCAAUAUGUUUUUUUUACAUUGAAAUUCAUGACCUUUUCAUUCAAAAUGUAACUUUCUACAUUAAAUCUAGUAUUUUUUCCAAAUAAACAGUGUCAUCUCGACUAUAUUCACAACUUUUAACAUUCUAGCCAAAAAUUGACUUUUUUUGCAAAGCCCAUGGAAUUCCAAUACUGUCAGAAAAAGAAAUCGAUUCAUGUCUAACCAAAAAAAGGAAAGAAACAGCAUGACUUAAUUGACGCCUGGGAACAUAUGAGAAAGUAGUAGCGAAGGUAACAGUUUAUGAAAAAUAGCUGUGUGAUGCAGGUGCCAGAAUCUUAGAGAAUGAGAUAUGCAGUUUUAAAAAUCACAGUAGCUCUAGAUUUUUUCUUGAAAAGUUUUGAAUUGAUAAAGCAACACAGCACAAAUGCAUUUAUUCAGUGCCUGGAGAAAGCGAUAGCCUUGGCUCUCUGUACAGUUAAUCUAUUGCAGUGGUGCUCACGAUAGUGGUCCUACAGGCCAUGUAAAUAGCAUGAGGCCAAUUUUAUAACUGGAGCCCAGCUGGGCAGGGGUGGUAGAGGGGCCCCAGCCCAUUUGUUCUCCCCCACCCCAGGUCUGUGGAGAGCCCUGCAGGCUGGAUGACAGUGCCAGGGGCUGGAUCUGGCCUACAGGCCAGGGCUUGAGCACUCCACAUCUGCUAACCAUUUGUGUAGGUUUAAAAAGCUUGUAAGAACAGAUACAGAAAGAUGCAUGUAGUUCUGGGGCUGACUUUUCAUAUUGGCUUCCAGUUUAAGAGAGUAUUUUUACCUAUAAUUCAUGUGAAAAACUGCACUUUCAAAAAAAUUUAAUUCAGGCCAUGAAAACUAAUGCUAAAAAAGUUAGAACUCCUGCAGAAAAUGUGUGUUUUGCUUUAAACAUAACUGGAUCUACCCAGGAGCUGUGAGUAUUUUUCUUUAACUACUAAGCAGCUGUAAUUACUUCAGCUUCUAUAAUUUGCCUAUAACCAGGGAAAGACUGUAGAACUCCCAAGGUGUAGGUCAAGUAUGUAAAAGCCAACAACUGUUCCCAAAGCGUGAUUAUCAAAGAUUAUGGCAAGUGCUCUGAGCUGCUGAAUAUCAAGAAUAGUCCAUACAUGGCAAUGGAACAUGAAUGCCUCUGAUGUGAAGUCUGUAACAAAACAGGGCUCAGCUGC